AACUCCAAACAUUCCAAUUUUCGCCGAGAAGAGAGAACAUGAAUUAUUUUUAGGCUGUGCAUAAAUUGGUGCAAAACUUACUAAUCUUCUAGCAUUUAUUUCUUUUGCAAUUAUCAAUAAUUAUCAAUAAUGUUUGCCAUCAGCAUAAAUCUAUCAGGCGAUAAAUACCCCAACAUCUCCAGAUUUCUAUCGGAUCUCCGGCUAUCUUAACAAAAUGACAGGGUUUUUCAGCUCAGAUUUGGGGAUGAAAACUCGUUCCUUGCAAUGUGUUUCUGUGAUAUUUCUCAUAAGCAUCAAAUCCCUCGUUCUGGCUUCGAUUUAUGGACAAACAUGUUCUGUCGAUGAAUACAUCGCAGAAAGCUAUUUCAAGAAAUACCAUAGCUUUAUAGAACGAGAAUUUGACAAUUUCAUAGCAAAUAAAAUCCCACUAGGCUCGUGCAAAUUACUCGGAGAUGAAAACCUACUUAUGGCGAAGAGUCUAAGUCGAAAUGUGAUUGGCGAAGGGUCUCAUCGUUGGCUUUCUUCUUCUAUGAGGCUUAAGUUUCCACGUGAAUUGAAACACGAGCUCACUGCACGUUCAUGUGAAGUCGUUGUCAUUGAAAGGCUGCCAUCUGGGGUCUUCGCUGAUCCUUUCGAGCUGCAGCACUUUGUGCAACGCGGCGUGUUCACAGAUGCAGCCGUCUUUGGUGACACGAAUUUAGAGUUACCUUCUUUCCGCUCAAACCAAACCGUUGUUGAGAUACAUAUGAGCAUUGAUUCUAUAGUGCCUUUGAGGGAUGAGGAUGAGUCAGAAGUGAUCCUUAAGGUUCCAUUACACGCACGAUAUCAGCCACUAGGACAUGGUUUCUCAAGGGUUGAGUUUGGGGCACCCGAUAUAUUCACGUGCUGCAGCAGCACUGAACAAGACGCGGCUAAAAUGCUCUGUCAACCCAUCCCCACGAGCCUCAUCCCUGACAAGAAAGCCAGUCCACUUAUGUGGGAAAUACCAUGUGGCAACAAGGAACAUGCUGCAGUUGUGUCUGCUGUUACUUUCGGGUUUGCUAUCUCUACUGCAUUGCUUAUUGUAUUGACAUCUGUUUCUUACUCAAGGCAGUGAAAAGCGUCUAACCGACAACAAGGUUGCUAGUUAACCACACAGUGUUUCCUAAUACUUUCUUAGUUGCUUAGACUUGAACAAGAUUCAUGGCCUAUCCUAACUGAAUAGUUUCCACUGCAUAUCACCAUUUGGAUUCUGUUGCUUGCCUGAACGAGAAGGAAACGUGCCUGAAAAUGAAGGCGAAGGUGGAAGCAAUGAUGUUGUAAGAAGUGUGAGUUGCUUCUCCCGUUCUUGCAUUUGUGAGGAGAAAUAUUGAAUAUGUGAUUUUGCUAUUUAACUCUUUAGUUUGUGUGAUUAAGAGGUGAAUGAUUGAAAUUAUGGAUGUGUGACUAGAAAUAAUAUUUAUGUAUUUUGUCUCUGUUUGUUUGUUCUU